AUGAACAAUCCAAACAUCCUCGCUUCUUGUUGUACCGAAAGCCAGAGAGCGGAGAUAGUUGCUAGUGCGGACAUCUGCGUCUGCGGAUCGGCCAUAUCUACAAGAAUAUUGGGGCUCGGAAGCACUCGACUUCUCGAGAAACGCAGGCCGAGAUCAAGCUGCAAAAUGUCGAUUGUUGCAUUAGCAGAAGGUUACCAGUCGAGCGUCACCCUCGACGUCCUCCACGAUGUCGCCGCAAGAAAUAAUAUACAAAUCAAAUCCAAGACGGAUGAAGACGCCUACCUCCUUGUCCUCCAGUCGGCGGACAUGACUGCGGAAAAUGUAAAUAAUCUACCCGACUACGUCGACCCACGGCUUGCACCUGUUCCGACAAAAGGAGGAAGGGGUUUCUGGAAACCUAAAAACAACAGUCACAAUGCAUGGAGCCAUCAAGCACAACUGAUUGCUGAGAAGCCAGUUACAGAUGUGCUCAAAGGACGCAAGAUUGUCAUCAAGGAUAACAUGUCAGUAGCUGGCCUGCCGUAUACUUGUGGAACGUUUCCUCAGCUUGUGUCCAAGGAUGGCAAAUAUCCCAUAGCGACAAUUGAUGCCACCAUCACAAGACGUCUUUUAGAAGCUGGCUCUACCAUUGUGGGUACUUCGACGUGCGAGAACUAUUCCUUGACACCCAUGUCGUACACGUCCGCAAACGGACCGGUACAUAAUCCGUGGCUGCGGGACCACAACACCGGUGGGAGCACCAGUGGAGGGGCUUGUCUGCUUAGCCUGGGCAAAGCUCGCGCCGCUAGUGUACCUGGCCUUGACGAAGCAGGCGAUGAUGUUGAUCUAGCGAUGGGCGGUGAUCAAGCUGGAAGCAUACGACUACCUUCGGCGUAUUGUGGCAUCUACGGUCUAAAACCUACCCAUGGGCUUGUUCCCUAUACUGGCAUCGCAGGACUCCAUCCAAUGAUUGACUAUGCUGGACCGAUGGCUCGCAAGCUCGAAGACAUAGCCACCUUGCUGACAGUCGUUGCCGGUUAUGACGGACUUGAUCCUCGAAUGACCCCCGAGUCGCCCCUCCGGCAGAACGUGAUCGACUAUGCUACUCAUCUGUCUUCUGCCGAAAGUCCUGGCAAAGGUCUCAAAGUGGGCAUCAUCAAGGAAUCUCUCACAUCGCCUGGAACUCAGGCAGAAGUUGCCGAGGUAGUGAAAGCUGCCGCUACAGAGCAUUUUGAAGCAAGUGGAGCCACCGUGUCUGAGGUAUCAGUACCAAUGCACCUCCUCGGACCGGCCAUAUGGACGGCAGCGACAAGAACGUAUAUGGCAAGCUUAGCAAUUGGUGGCAAGACGCCGGAUAUACUCAACCACAGCAUCCCACACCUCUCACUGAGGUGGCCACCAGACCAGGAAAUGUACGACCUUUUGACGGUCGCCAACCCUGCAGUGGUCAAUAUACUGUUUUGUGAAACUUUCUUGAAGGACAAAUUCGGUCCGGAGGUGCAGGCCAAAGCUCAUCGCCACGUCUUCGAGCUCAGAGCAGCAUACGACAACGCUUUGGAAGAGUUUGACGUGCUCGUUACACCUACAACGCCUACUGUUGCUCCACCGCAUCCUGACGUGCGGCCUGAAGCUGAAGGGGGAAGUACAGUGAUGGACAAGAUCAAGUUGGCGGUCGGUGCGACGAACAAUACGGCGCCGUUCAAUGCUUCGGGUCAUCCUGCUCUCAAUGUCCCUUGCGGAUGGGCAAAGUCGCGGACAGGCAAGGGCUGGCUGCCUGUGGGGAUGCAAGUCAUUGGUAAACGAUGGGAUGACCUUGGUGUCCUGAAGGCCGCCAAAGCUUUUGAGAUGGGUGGUGGUGGCUUAGGCUCUUGGCCUGGCCAGAACCCCACCUGA